CAGUCGACCACCUCGUCAAUGUUCAAGAGCAGAGUUGUACUUGAGGAAAAUUUACAUUCCGGAGAAAAGUAAGUUUUGCAGACCGAACCCCGAGCGCGUGAAUGGCACAUGCCCUAUAUAUCUAAAUAUGCCAUCAAACUAACGUUAUUAGAUAAAUCGUUCCAAAUUUUUCCUGUGUUUUUGUUAUUUUGUAGAUUUUAAAUUUUCAACACAAACUCUUUCCGUAGUCAUGAUCUGCUCUAUUCUACUUUACCUUGUAAGUUAUACAAUAUUUAUGAAUCGAUUUAUUCAUUAAUAUAAUAAUGUGAUUAGAUUGAUGUUAUAUGCUAUCAACAACAACAAUGACAAAAACGACAAUAACAACAACGACAACGACAACAAUAACACUAAGACUACAAAACGAACAUAUAGUAUAGUACAAACGAUUCAAAACGAUACUAAUUAGCUACAUUAAGUGACUUAAUUGAAGGCAUGGCAAGUGUUUUGAAACUUAAUUGGGGUUGAUUGGCAAAGAUUGUUAAAUGGGAUGUGAUUCCAAGUAACGAUUGUUCUUGGAUAAAAUGAAAACUUAUAUACAUUGACACACGACUGAAUUUGGCGGUAAGGACAGAUAUUAGGCAGCCUGGAAACUACAACUACAUUGUAGUUGGUAAAAGCAAUUUGAUUGGCUAAGAGCUUACAGUUAAAUCACGCAACUUACAGAAAAUGCAGUUAUAUCUGCUAGCAGAUACUCUGAGCAGAUAAAUGAUGAUUAGCAAGCGGUAUCUAUUUAACACAAACAAAUGUAUAAUAUUCGGCUCGGCUGAUAACGCUUACCGAGAUUUUAAGUUUCACAUCAGUUGUACCAAAGAUUAUAAGCGCUAUAGCGCAUCAUAAGUUUCAGAUGACAUGCAACAUGUACGCAUUGCGUACCUAUUUUUUUGAUAAGUUUUCCUUGACAACUUUUAUUUGUUCGUGCAUAUGUACGGCAAAAAUCGGCAUUGAUACCAGUGGGCCCUCAUUGAUACCAGUGAUACAUUACUGAAGAGGUUACCCUACGGAAAUAAAUAUGAUUUGAUUUGAUCUGACUUGAUUUGAUAAUUUCCUUAACAGGGAAAAUUGUUCAUGUAUACGACCGACAAGGAAAACCUGACGACUAUUUGCGCAGUACGUACUGCACACUCAAAAUGUUAAUAUAAAAUAUUAUAAUAUAGCAUUUGUAUAUUCUGAACGCUGAUUGGCUAAGAGCCGUGUUGAUGGUCAACACGGAAACGUCGGAAAAUUUCUUUCUGUAUGUUUUUUUGUGCUAUAUUAUAAAACAAAUAUAAACAUUUUUUCCGUAUUGAUAUACAGUUAUAUCAACACUCGUAGAAAUUGGGACAACUCGAAAUUGUUUGAAAACGCAUCGUGUUUCCACACAAUUUCUCGUUUUCCCAAUUUCCACUCGUGUUGAUAUACAGUGUAUAUUAACAAGGAAAAUGUUUUAUAUUUGUUAAAUGUCACAAUGUUAUAUAAAUUUUCGACGUUUUAGAGGUGCCUGCGGAGGAGGUUAGUUUUGAACGAAAAUCCGGUUAUUAAUUUAUGUCUCGCUGUUUAGGAACGCUGAGCCCUAUCCCGCUAUUCUUACCCUGACUCUAACCGCUGACCCAUGAACAGCGAGACAUGAACGAAUCUUCAUCCGAAAAUACCAUGGAAUUGUUCGCAUAUUCAAGUAGCACGGGCUCGUAAAACUGCAUGGUCAAAGAAAAAUUGAUCGAAAAAACGUGUUCAGUUGUUCAUCGUAAUCAUGAGCAAGUAAACUCGUCAAGAAACGAUGGGUAAUACGUCAGACCAAAUAUUCAUCUGAACGGAUGAUCCUCUAGUAAAUUGGGACAAUGUUUUUUUUGUAGGUCUCAAUACAACUUCUGUAUUUUGCAAGUUUACGUUUGGAUAUAGUUUAUAAGAAUCCUGACUCUCUUUGGUUCGAGAUUGAACGUGGGAUGGCUGGUUAGUUUUGUUCGAAAUAUCUACUUUAGGUUUUUCUGUAUUGAAUUUAGAGGACAUCAACAGCAAAAUUCAUGUUAGUCUAUAGUAUAAAACAACUCAUUUUAUAACGUUUCAUUUGUUACGUUUUUGAGAAUUUAAAUGCCGUUUUAAUAAAACUGUUUCAUGAAUUGUUAAGUUGCACUCCUAUGACAUGAUCAUCAGAUUCAGUUUAUUUACAUACCACACAAACUAAAAUAUUUUAAAAACAAAGACUGAAAUAGUCUUAAUAUUCCAAACAUUAAUUUUAAGAUGUUUGCGAUGUUACUCUGAGUGCAUAUCCACACCGGGCGAGCUUAUUUUUCGGGCAUAUUUUUCAAGCUCGCCCGGUGUGGAUAUGCACUCAGAGUAACAUCGCAAACAUAUUAUUCACUUGAGUACACAACACCAACGCAGAAAAAAAUUAAUUUUAAGAGUUCUUUCACACUGGAUCGACUUGAAUUUUAUUGCUGAUGACGUUUAACUCUAUUUAAUAUUGGCAAUGGACCUUUGCCCUUAUAACUAAAAUUUUGAUUUAGACAAGACUAGACAAAAAUUUCAUCACAGCUUGAAAGAGCAUCACAAAAUUAGUAAUAUUCCGAAGUUUCGUUGCGAAAUGUUGUAAAAUGCGGAUAAUAUAGUAUUGCGAAGUUUGCCGUUUUUCAGUCAUUUUGUAUUACGCACGGGAAAUUGGCAGCCCAAUCGGGUGUUGGGGCCGAUCAAUUUCCCGUUUGUAAUACAAAAUGAUUGAAAAUUCCAAAUUUCGCAAGGCUAUAUUAGCCGCAUUUUAAAACAUUUCGCAACGAAACUUUGGACUAUUACUAAUUUUGUGAUAUAUUACGAAUAGUCCGCGAAUAGUCGACGCACGCAAAUUUACGGUACAGUAUCUGUUAUUAAAUUGCUAAUCUUCACUUUUUUAAAUAGUUAUUUUAACACUGUUUAAAGUUCUACAAUGAAUUAUUGUGAUUUACUGAUGAACGCCGUAGUGAAAUAGAUAUUAAUGAAAUGUGUGCCGUUUUAUACUCCAGAGCGUAAAUCGCCUGUAGUAGCUACUGCAUGUUAUUAAGAAGUAUCAAAACUGGGGCUUGGGACUGCGGAGUUGUAUUCCCAUAGUGAGUCUGAAGCAUUGAAAGAAAUAUAACUGGAACGCUACCUCCAACUGGAAAUUUGAAAUCAAACUUGAAAGCCGGUCCCAGACUUUUCACGCAUGAGAAGAGCUGCCUCCUCCGCAGGCCCUCGUUGCGUCAUGGGAAGGUCACGAUCUGGCGAGGGCCUGCGGAAUCUUGUAAAAAAAUGGCGCCGGCGUCACGUCAGCAAGUAAAUUUCUACAUAAUCUUGAAUAUAAACAAGAUAUUAAAAAGCGGCGUGAAACUUGUAAAUUAAACUGACGACUCUUAGGUCGUGGAAGGAAGCAUUUUUUAACGAUAAGGUUUGUUGUCCACACCAACGAUACACGAAUAAAACUGCCUUCUUUAACGAAGCAGGUUCAAAACAACAUUUAUUCAUUUUACAGGAUUCCGCAGGCCCUCUCAAAAUCGUGACCUUCCCAUGACACAACGAGCUAGGGCCUGCGGAGGAUCAGGCAGUGCGAAGAGCGGUCAAUCGUGAUAUAAACACGCGUGAUAUAACCUCCAGACACGCGUGUCAAGAUUUGGCGUCAUGACAAAGAUGGGCAGGUUAUCUGAAGGCAGCGUUCCAGUUAUAUUCAUUUCAAUGGUCUGAAGUAAUUUGCCAAUAUACUAAUUGCGAUAAAUUAUGACGCGCAUGUGAACAGGUUUUUAUGUGCGCAAAAUUUUAUGAUACUGUACAUAAAAUUGUACACAAAUUACCUUUAUAAAAAAAUAGCAUAAAAGUCACUUCGAGUACACUUUUUUAUUUUAGUUUUUAUAAUGUUUAAUAAUACACAACAGAAAAUUUUUAAAAAAAUCUUGAAAAACUCACAGAACGUCUAUUUCAUCAUGAAUUGGCGAACAUCGUUUUAUUCGAAAUAUUUGUCGACUAUUCACCACUAUUCGUUAAUUAUUUUCUGACUAUUCGCACUAUUCUUGUUUUAUCAAUUGCCAUUUAAUAUGUACUGAAGUCGAUUGUGAUGAGUAUACUCUUUAGAAAAUGCAACGUAUUUCCCUAAUGCUGUCAGAGCUUAAGGCCGUUUUCCAUCAUCGUUCGCUUUGCCCGUGUUGGUGAAGCGUUCAUUGUUUUUUACGCCCGUCACGCCCGCGUGAGCAGAUUUUCAAAGCCCUCUCCGCCAGCGCGGCCAAAGCGACUGCAAUGGAAACCGGCCUUUAUGUAUAGAUUUUAUAACUUUUUUAUAGGUUCGUUGAUCGUCGCUCCUAUUGUUACUGCCACAGUUUGUGUUUUCUCUCUUAUACGUUUCAUGGAAAAUCACAAGUAUGUUUAAUAAUCCCG